UGGAAACCGCCAGAGCUCCGGGUACCUCGACGUGACUCGGCUGUACAAGAUUCGCGACUAUCGGGGAGGUGACACCAUGGAAAAUAUUGGGUCCGGCCUGCGGCUGGCUGUAUUAGCUAUCGUGUUCGGAGUUCAUGUUUUUACGGAUGCGUCUCCAUCAAUUCAUAUAACGCAAUCUCCGUCGAGGUCCGAAAUAUACGUCACCGAGAAGAUCAUCGUCAACAACACGUUCAGAUUCACCGAUGUCAUCACCGAGGAUGUCAUUAUCACCUUGGAGCCGACCGUUGACGUUCCGGAUAUGGUGAUUAAGCAGGUGCGCGAGAUCCGACUCGGGUACGGCUUGUACAUCACUGGUGACUUGGCACCCAUUGAGGACUAUGGAAACAAACAUCUUCAGUCUAAGAAGCGCGGCGCGCUGUCCAUCGAAUUUCACCUCGGAAAUGUCCACAACGAUGGAAAGGACAAAGGUUUCCAAGCGGACAACACCUUCUUUGUCCAAUAUGAGGCGGAAGUGCUGCUGCCUCUCCUCAUGGGUCUCGGUCACCGGCACCAGUUUGGCGCCUCCGUCGCCACCGGAAACACAGUUGACUCUCUUUACGUCACAGGAACAUACACAACCACUGAUAAGCCGAACAUUCCGCUCCUGUUUAGGACACUUGCGAAGCAAAACCCAGCUAUGGGCGAUCUCGGUACGGCCGUCAACAAGAUGACCAUGGAGCAGGCGGAGGGUGCAGCCAUAAAGGAAACAACAACGAAGAUUGGACAGAAGGGAGCGGAGAAGGGGAAGAGGAAAUCUCUCGUACAAAAAGCCGUUGAAUUUCCCAACAUCUAAGACAAAACGGAGUUUAUUGGUAUUUGUGGUGGGAAAAGAAGUGAGAAGUUUACAAAAUCUUUGUAAGACGAAACAUCAGCAGACGGUAGUUAAUAAAGCAUCAACCGGUUUGCUAAACCACCAUCUGUCAUACAGAUAUUUUUUUGUAUAAAAUUACAGAAAACUGGUAAGAACACAUCUCAAACAGUAAGGCAGUCUUUGUAGAAGGCGUUUACAAUAACUUGGUAUAAUUCAAAUGCAUUUGCGAAACGCUGAAUGAAAAGCAGCGGUACCCAUGAACGAACGAGAUUGCAUGUAUCGAAAAAUAUCAGAACCAAUCUUUACUUGACGAUAAUUGUUGUCGACCAAUCAGUGCGAGGCGGAGCAACUGUUCAUAGACAGCUAUCUGUGGUAGAAAACACCUGGACAUGUUCCCACUUAUCUUUCCACCGCAAUUAACAAUUCAAUGUUAACCUUUUAUCCAAUUUAAACUUUAUAGCUAUUCGUUAAGCUUAAUCAUAUGCAACCAUUUUCUUCAUCAUCAACGGUUUAUCGUACAUGAGAAUUUAAACGACAAAUGAUCUUGUAUGGUUACUUAAGUAUAAGAUAGAGUGUAUUAGUAUUUGCGGUUCAUCGGUGUACGAAAACAAUUUUGUCAGUGCAAGAUUGUCUGGGCAGGCCCCAACGUAAAUCUACACUCAUUAUUUGCAUAACUGGGGAAUACGCUUUAAAGAUGCACUCUUACUCCCAAAUAAAAUUUACCACAAUUAAUACUAUAGUUGUAAUAUUCCAAAAAGGAUGAAUAAAUGUCGAAAACAAUGGUUCUUACGAAGGAUACCAAGUUUGAUUUGAAAGAAAUGAGCAUAAAACACGGUAUUUCUACCUUAUGAGAGUAUAGUAGACCACAGUAAAUAUUUUAGCAUUCACCAAUCAUUUAUUAUUUUUGCGCUUUCCGCUAUUAAAUACAUGGUUACAAGCUUAUUAUUAGUACUUAAUAUUUUUCAUACAUGCAUUAUUUAGUAAGUUGUUAAAGGUUUAUCAGUCAAAAAUGGUGUUUGUUAUACAUGUGUAUGUAUUGAUUUGGAAUAAGAGUGUCACUUAAAGAUAAUUGAACGUAAUAUAAAAUCAGCUGUUUAAACAGCGGUAUCGUCAAUGACAUCAUUUGUUUCAUCGACGUCACAUACAUUUUACUACAUUAAACAUCAUUUGACGAAUCACACACGAAGUUUUAUUAAAAUCAGAUGUAUUCAGAAGAGAAUGCGCUCAUUAGAGUAUGCACGCAAUUGAAGGAAUAUAUGCGCCCAUCUUAGAUAGCGAAAUGUAAACGAUUACAAUCAAAUGCUUAUAUUUUUGUUUUAAUAAGCAAUAUAAUAUCUCGAAUUCUCUCCGCCGGUGCGAACAGUUUUAGCCUCAUUUUUAACAUGUUUUUACUGAGCUUGUAGAUGUUUUUAUUGUGCGACGUUUUAACUGUGCCUUUACAAGUUUUGCUGUUGACAUCUGAUUAUUUACUAAUUGUUGAUAAAGCUUUAAUCGUUGGCGAGUCUACAAUUUUACCUUUAUAUGUAUGUUUCCUCAUUACGUGUAUUUCUUGCAUAUUUUAAAUAAAUAUUUUUCUUCGA